AGACGUCAGGGAGAAAUCGAAGCACAAUUACCUUCUCGCCGGACUGAGUGUCGUGACACAGCUGUAAGAAGGUGAAGGCGAAGCAGCGUCAGUGUGUGUUGAGCUGUGAUGAACUGUGCAUGUGUGUUGACAUGUUCCGUGCAGCAGCCGUCCCCCUCCCUGUGUGUCUGGCGGUGGUGGUGCUGAUGAUGGUGAUGGUGGUGGGUGUAGGACCUGGCCUGGCUGCGCCGCCCCUCCCCACAACCCAACCCCGCCAGAAUCUCAUGAAGAGCAUCAUGGUGAACCAAAUGGCGAUACUCAAGGGAAUGAAUAAGUCCACCUCCUUUUUCGUUCCCAAUGUCGAGGAAGUGAACCACCUACAGGACAAGAUAGAUUUGGUGAACUGUAGUGUACAAACACGGAUGCGGGAGUUGUCUGAAAAAAUGAACAACAAAUUAGAUGCAAUGAAUAAGACUCUUCAAGCAUACAUGGUUGAGAUGAAUGAAAGAAUAAUGAAUGACACUCAGCCCGUCACGGAGAAGAUGAAGGCGAUCCAAAACGCCUUCCCUGUUCACCCGCGGCCCGACCCGGUGGAGCUUUACGUUCAACACAACGAUACUGAAAUAUCCUCCUGCGACGGCCAUAAAGUGCUUUAUGGAAGCCAAGGCUACUUGGCGGUGACGGAAAAAAGAGAACUAUACAAAAAUAACAUGGACUGCUCAUGGGAAGUGACGCUGCCAGAAGGAAGCCGCCCCGUCUUCAACUGGAUUUACUUCAGUUUAGCUAACAGUGGUUUUUGUAAUACCAGCAGUGACUACGUUACUGUGAGGGAUCCAGAUCACCCUACGUUCUACACGUUUUGUAUAGACAAUGCACCAGAUGGAAACUUCAUAACAGUGAUGAACAAUAAAUUCAUCGUAGCGUUUCAUUCGAAUGCCGCAGGCACUUAUUACGGAUUCAAAAUACGCUACCGGGCCGUAUCGCGGAUCUGAGAUGAGCGAGUCCUUCAAAGGAAUCCUUCUGUUGUCAUCCUCGGUCACAUUCAUGCCUUUAUUUAUUUUCCUUUAAAUCUUCCCUCCCUGUGAUAAUUUCCAUGAAUACUUUUCAUGUGUAGUGCUCCGUGUAAUGCACCAAAAUAUGAACGUAUUCAUUUCAGUGAUUUCAAUAAAAUGAACAUAUAAUUUU